AUGGGCUUGUUUCAAUACAAUCGAUUGGUGUUUGGUAUUACCUCAGCUCCCGCCAUUUGGCAGCGUACCAUGGAUCAGAUUCUGGAAGGAACGUCUGGUAUUAGUUGUAUCCUAGAUGAUAUGAUUGUGACGGGUAAAAGCGAUGCAGAGCAUAUGGCUAACCUGGAGGAGGUCCUUCGACGGCUGCACCACCAUGGGUUAAGAGCCAAUAAAUCGAAGUGUGAGUUCUUCAAAGAAAAGAUCACGUUCUGUGGCCACGACAUUAAUAGUGAAGGCCUGCACAAGACCACCGACAAGACAGCUGCAAUGGUGAAUGCCCCUCGCCCCCAGAGUGUUGCAGAGGUACGCUCCUUCCUGGGAUUGGUGAAUUAUUACCACAAAUUCCUGCCAAACCUUGCUACAAUCCUGCAUCCUUUGAACCAAAUGCUGGAAAGUAACUACCAAUGGAACUGGACAGAUCAAUGCGAAGAAGCCUUUUGCAAAGUUAAAGCAAUGAUUGUUUCAGAUCUGGUGCUUACACAUUAUGAUCCUAACCUUCCCUUACAACUGGCUUGUGAUGCUUCACCUGUAGGAAUUGGAGCGGUACUGUCCCAUGUCAUGACACACGGCACAGAGCGCCCGAUAGCGUUUGCAUCGAGAUCCCUGUCGAAGGCGGAGCGCAACUACGCACAGAUAGAUAAAGAAGCACUAGCUACAGUGUGGGGAGUCAAGAAAUUCCACAAUUACCUUUUCGGUAGGAACUUUACCUUACUGACUGAUCAUGAGCCUCUCACUUCAAUCUUUCAUCCCAGCACAAGCCUUCCUGUUGUCACUGCUGCUAGAUUACAACGCUACGCUUUGUUCUUGGCGGGUUUUGACUAUACAAUUAGAUACAAGAACACUAAGUUACACGGGAAUGCGGAUGGUUUGUCUCGAUUACCCUUGCAUAGUGAGACAACAGAAGGAGAGCCAGAUCCAGUGGGCCUCUUCUAUGCCACGCAGUUUGAGCCUUUGCCAGUCACAGCAGAACAGGUCAAACGAGAAACACAGAGAGAUCCUCUAUUGGUGAAGGUCCAUGAGUUGGUUAUGAAAGGAUGGUCCACUCCACAAGAUGAAGCGAUUAAACCGUUUUACCAGCAGAAAGACGAACUGACAGUUCACUGUGGUGUCCUAAUGCUUGGACACAGAGCAGUCAUUCCUGCAAAGUUGCGUAAUCAAGUGUUAACCGAGCUUCACGAAGGUCACCUUGGUAUUGUUAAAAUGAAGUCUCUGGCGCGAAGUUACAUCUGGUGGCCCAAAAUUGAUAAGGACAUUGAGCACCUAGCCAAGAGCUGCCCUGGUUGUCAACUUCAACAGAAUGAAGCCGGCAAAGUACCACUACACCCUUGGGAAUGGCCAACCACACCUUGGCAGAGAAUCCAUUUAGAUUUUGCUGGGCCGUUCCUAGGACGAAUGUUCCUUAUCAUUGUCGAUGCACACUCGAAGUGGCCUGAAGUGGAAAUAAUGCCAUCCACCACAUCGACGCAGACCAUUGACCGACUCCGAACUAUUUUUGCCCGAUAUGGAGUGCCAGCACAGGUGGUGACCGACAAUGGGCCACAAUUUACAUCCGCAGAGUUCCAACUAUUUUUGAAGACUAAUGGUAUCAAGCAUAUUACCACGGCCCCAUUCCACCCUGCAACCAACGGUCAAGCGGAACGUUUUGUGCAGAGUUUCAAACAUGCUAUGAAAUGCGAUAAACAAAGUGCAUCCCAGCUGAAAACCAAUAUGGCAAAGUUCCUUUUGGCUUACCGGAAUACCCCGCAUUCGACGACUGGCCGGGGGUAUGCAACCCCCCCCCCCCGAAAAUCUGUGCCUGGCAAGAAUGUUAUGUGUACAUAAUCAUGUGUAAUGUUGUUUGGAGAAUCACCGUCCGUGUUGUUUUUGGGCAGACCGCUACGGACUCGCCUCGAUUUGGUGAAACCUGAUUUACAAAGGAAAGUGAUGAACAGGCAAAUCGAUCAAGCGGGGAGGAAAGGACAUUCCCCCACACGUCAGUUAUCCAUUGGUCAGACUGUCAUGGCACGUAACUACAGUGGGAAAGACAAGUCGCUACCAGGCAUAGUUCGAGCUCAAACGGGACCCCUUUCGUACGAGAUAAAAGUUGGUCCAAAUCGAAUUUGGCGACGUCACAUCGACCAGCUUCGAGCCUCUAGUGUGAAAGUAAAUGACCAGAGUGAUGAUACGGCUGAACCUCAUCCAGAGCUCGGAGAGACUGGCCAGAAUAUUGCACCAGCAGAAGAAAUUGUCGCAGAGCCGGAUAUCGAACUAGCCACGAAUCCACCAGUAGUGCAACAAGAAGCCGGUAGGGCUACAACAGGAUCUGAACAACGCUACCCAACUAGAUCACACCAACCACCCGAGAGGUGGGGUCUUAACUGUUUGAUCCGAAAACUGUUUAAGAAAACUACAUAG